GCCAAACACAUCGAGUGCCGUCACCCGCUUACGAACCCUUUACAGCCGAGAUCGGGCUAGCACGAGCGAAUCUCAGUUCACUAGCGAGCGCACUGCCGUGCAGAAAGGGCAACGCACCAGAGACACGCUGCUGAAUCACACUGCUGCCCUCCCGUUCGCCGCAGGAAUGUAGUGUGCGCUUCUGUCCGCUUUGGCGUGUCGCAUCAAGUUCUGUGCAGUUAUUGAAACCUGGAAGAGACCAACCACAUAAACACUACCAGAGCAACCAGAGUGUAAACCCUCAGACAGAAUAUCACCACGAACAACAGCAGUAGGCCGUAACCAUGGUGCAGCCGUUUAACAACCACAGCGAAGCGAAUGGAGGAGGAGACCGGCCACGGAACGGGCCACUGCCGACGGCUCCACCGCUGGAUGCGCCGGCCAACGAUGGCCAGUUAGUGGAGUUUCUGGUGCUCGGCAACAAGGAAAACUAUGCGGUGCACGCGGAUCGGAAAGCCAUCCUUGACUCGAACACCGGGCUGGCGCAGAUGCUGACCGGGGGCGGUGCCGGCGACAGCAAGCACGUUGUGCGCGGCGUCGAUCGUGACAAUUUCGUAACAUUCGUACGUUAUCUCGAAACCAAGUUCAUCAAAUUCGACUCGCCGACGCACACGCUCGAGAUGCUCGAGCUGGCCACCCGCUACCAGUGCCGGCAGCUGGAGAUCCACUGCGUGAAGGAGCUCGACAACAACCUGCACGUCGAUCAUGUGCUGGAAGUGUACCGCGCGCUCUGGUUCUACAACUCGAUCGCAACCCCGAAAGCCCCACCGAAAGAGCCGAAGCGGCGGUCCCGCUGUCCCCGGGCCCAAAAGGGUACCGCCGGCCAAAGUGGUCCGCUCACGCCGGAAGAAUACUUUGCCGCCCUGCUCGCCAACUGCCUGCAGCUGAUCGACAUGCACGCGGAGGAGGUGUUCGGGCAGGAGGCGAUGCUGACGCUGCGCUUCCCCGAGCUGGAAAUGAUCGUGAAGCGGGACGCGCUGCAGCUGUCCUCCGAGACGGUGCUGGUGGAUCUGCUCUCCCGCUGGAGCCUGGAGGACUGCAAGCGCAAGCACGUGGACCCGACGACCGAGAACCGGCGGCGUGCGCUCGGGGCACUCUGUUACGCGCCGCGCUAUCUCACCAUGACGCGGCGCGAGUUCGAUGCCGCCCGCGAACGCAUCGAGCUGCUCGAUCCGGCCGAAUCGCAGCUCGUCGGCGACAUACUGACCAGCGGAAUGCGCCGAUCGGCCUCGAAUCUCACCCCGGAGCAGCAGGCACUGGUCGCCCGGUUCCGUGCGCCCCGGCCCGACUUCCCGCUGCUGCCUGUGCCGCUCAGUGCCCGCAGCCAGCCGCGCAACUAUCCGAAGAAGAUGCGCAAGGCGGCUGAGGAAGCCGAACGGGCGCGGGACGGCCCGAAGAAGGGUUGCUGCAACCGGCUGCUGCUGAACUGCUGCUCCGUGUUUGCCUGCAUCUUUGACUAGCGCUGCUGCCUGUAGGUGGACGGGUCGUGCGACGAACACGGGAAGUGUGAUGGGAGGUAAUAUGAUGGAAUGUAAAAGGGAUGGGUUGAUCCGCUUUCCUUUGGCGGGGGAGGGCAAGUAUACGGCAACAGUUUGUUGAUUUGUUUGCAAAAAAACAGAGCGUGCAGGUCGAUAGAUUCCCUCUUCCCGUUCAAUUCGUGCUGUGUGCGAAUACGACUGACCCACCGGCCAAAGACCAACACACCCCCAAAAAACACUCAAAACUCCUUGUGCGAAGCCUCCCCCUUACCCUACAGCGGCAUGUGCGUGGUUGCAGUGACCUCUAGUAUAACCGGAACAUAGCUUUGAGCUUUUUCCUCUGCGAAACGAAAUCUCCGACACGCGAAAAAAAAAGGACGCGCAAAACCUGCGCAAAACAGGAAACCGAUCGACAUGACACACGCUUAGAAGGUUUAUCCGCGUAUUACCUUACAAUUUUUCUAUUUUUGUUUUUUUUUUGUUAACUUUCUCAUUUCACUGCUCUUUAUGUUCACUCGUCCACUGUUUUGGAUGUAAAUCAUAUCCUACCAUAUACGUACAUUCGUUCGUUCGUGAUUCGUUGGUAAAGUGUGAAAUAACCGCGUAUAGUUCGUUAGCCGUUAGUUAGCGUGUAAGCUGCGCAAUGUUAUAAGAAGAUAAGAUCAAUACUGAGGCAGGCUUCUCAUACGUUUACGUUAUUAAGUAAUAGCGGCAGUAGAGAGGACGCCACUAACUAUAAUUAAUGUUGAAUUGCACUAUGUAAUUGCACUGUCCUAUGAGGAGAGAGCAAGAGAGAGAGAGAUGAUAGCAAGCUGGUUAUGUUGUAGCUUUUAUUUAAAUUUGUUAUCGUAAAACGACGCAAGCUAAUGGAAGCGAGAGAGAGAAAAACCGGAUACAACAGGACUCGUUAUCGAAACCAACAGCAUUAUUUUGGCAAUGGCAAAAGACUUAGAGUAUGCCAGCGAGGCGGUAGUGUGCCCGACACUCUGUAUGCAAUUGUGCAAGCUCCUCCAAAAACUCACACAAGUGCCAUUCUAUGCUGUGGGGUGGUGGUACAUCUUACAGCACAUAAGGCACCCUCCUCCUCUCGGUAUUAUUGGCUGCUUUAACAAAUAACUCACAAUGAUUUGCUCACUUCACCCAUCCGCACCACGCUCUUCGUGACUGUGAUGAAGUGAGUGAGCGUGAUGUGUUAUCAAACCAUAGAAAACAAACGCGUUGUAUCCAUUAUAUCACACUUGUUCGAUUAGAAAAUGCUAUUCUAUAUGAUGUGCCGCUGUAGUAUGUUGCAUUCUAUAUCGUUAGGCAAAUUGUUUGAUACUCUGUGCAGGCAGUGAACAUAUAAUAUUCCCCCCUCUCUAUACUAGAUCCAUACGUUUAUCAUUCGUUACAGCUGAAGAUGCCUCUAACUAUGUUGCCUGCAUAGUUUUCUUAAGCAACAACAAGAAAACCCAGGGCCACAACAUGUUUAAAGCUAUUACCAUUUCCGUUCGCGAUCGACAGACAAAACAUGCCAAUGGUUUCUAUUCAAAAAGGGCAAAAGGGAAUCGUCCUUUUAGAAACUCCCUCCGAUGUGUUAUGCUUAAUGCAAUCAUGCAGAUUUUAAUAAUUGAAUUUUGAGCUAAGAAAUAGAUAAAAGCUGAAAGAUAGUUUAUUUGCGAGCAAACACACUCUCACACACACACAAUCAUGUGCUAGGAAAAUAGUGUUGUACGUUAUUUUGUUUUUUUGUAUAAUGCUAUGAAAUCAUUUAAUGGAAAUCUUUUCUAAAAAGGUGUGUUAUUAAUCGAAAUUAGCUUUGGUGUGUGAAAAGAACCCCACAACAGGACGCCUCAAAUAACCCACACACACCGUACCUGUGAGAUAUCUGGCGUGAAACGAAAGAGAGUGGGUAUGUAGUAGCUAAAAGUGAAAGUAAAUGUGAUUUGAUAAAAAAAGAAAAGAAAAUCGAACCAAAAAGAUACAAGCAGAAGGUAAAUGUUAUGCGCUACGCGCCCUUAUCUGAUGGAAUGAUAGUUUUAAAAAACGCAUAAAUCGUUUAGAUGAAAUUUUAACGAUUUUAAAACCUGUUUAACCCUAUCCCAAUUCGGUUGGUAUGUUUACUUUUUCUAUGCAUGUUACGUUUUUCCUAUUAUCUCUUGUUUAGCGUCCUGUUAAGGACCUAUUUUUUGUUGCUAUAACAAGCUUAUCGUGCGUACAAAGAAUACAUACAACAAAAAAAAAAACACCUUCCCCUUUAGCGAGUGUAGCAAAAAGCGCUGGCAACAACGUUGUGCAGGGAGGAUAACCUUUUCUAGUGACUGAUAGAAUCUUUUCUUUUGUCGAUAGCAUGAAAUAAUAAAUGGGGUAU